UGAGAGGCGGCGGAGGGCGCAGCGAGCUGUGGGGCGGCGUCUACGCGGCCGGCCGCGGUGAGCCCUCAGUGAGGCACCGAACCGGCCGGGAUGAAUUCCGGACCUCUUGAGACGGCCUGGCGGUGAUCAGAGGCGGGGACCAGAGUCCAGCGCGCCCCUGCCCGACCAGGCCCUGCGAUCAGCCGCUCCAACCUCUGACCUUGUCCCCCAACUGUAAAGUUAAUAUUGUACUUGUUGAAGUCGAAUAUUAUUGUUGAAAAAGUGGAAAAGCACAAGGAAGGAAGCACAUGAGACGAAUCCCUGCACUCCGGAGACAACCUGGCCCUCCUCAUAGCCUGGAAAAAAUGACAGAUCUUGUAGCUGUUUGGGAUGUUGCUUUAAGUGAUGGAGUCCAUAAGAUUGAAUUUGAACAUGGGACCACAUCCGGCAAACGAGUAGUAUAUGUAGAUGGGAAGGAGGAGAUAAGAAAAGAAUGGAUGUUCAAGCUAGUGGGCAAAGAAACCUUCUGUGUUGGAGCUGCAAAGACAAAAGCAACCAUAAAUAUAGAUGCUAUCAGUGGUUUUGCUUAUGAAUAUACCCUGGAAAUUGAUGGGAAAAGUCUCAAGAAGUAUAUGGAGAACAGAUCAAAAACCACCAAUACAUGGGUAUUACAUUUGGAUGGUGAGGACUUUAGAGUUGUAUUGGAAAAAGACACCAUGGAUGUCUGGUGCAACGGUAAAAAAAUGGAGACGGCAGGCGAGUUUGUAGAUGAUGGGACAGAAACUCACUUCAGUAUUGGGAACCAUGACUGUUACAUAAAGGCUGUCAGUAGUGGAAAGCGGAAAGAAGGGAUUAUUCAUACUCUCAUCGUGGAUAAUAGAGAAAUCCCAGAAACUUCUUGAAUGACUUCAUCUUAAUGAAAAUCUUAAGUGACAAUCGGGACUUCCAAAUACUGUGGUAAAUAAAUAUGUUCACUAUGUACUUCUCAGUACAUUUAGUCUGCCAUGUUUAUGGUUGGUUGGGGUUUGUUUUCUUUUUUUUUUUUAGUUACUUGAAACUGUAAUGUUCCAGGGGUCAGGGGAAAAAAUUAUGUACAAUUGAAAAACCUGCCAUUUAUUUUGUAAAUAAUGUAAAAAUGUUUCAAAGCCAAAUGAAAAAUAGGAUAUAGACCAAAAUCAUUAAUGUUUUACAAAAGGAACUUUUAUUAUAAUAAACACUAUAAAAUAAAAU